AAUCAAUUGCAGGGCACUGCAGACAGCGUUCUGGUUGUAAGGUAAUCUCCAGCAACUUCAAAAUCCGGAUCAACAGCAGAGAAGCAUCCUCGCAAGGGACUUCACCGCAGAGAAAGAGAAGGGUUGGGACCAGCAGCAUGGCCGUUUACGACAUGGACGAUGCUCUCAGCACAGCGCGAAGCCAACACGUCUCCAAGGCACAGUCAAAGCAAUCUUCAAACCCAACAACAGAAAUCAGUGAACGAUACAACCGCCCUAUUGCCGCUGCACAAGAAUCCGGGCUCCCCAUCAUCGACAUUUCCUCCUACCUGGACCCGAAUUCGUCCCUGGAAGCACGGCAGACGACAGCCCAAGCCAUAAAUGCCGCCUGCGUAAACUACGGUUUCUUCUACCUCACCGGCCACGGGGUCCCCACCGCGAAGCUGGACGAGAUCAUCGACCUAGCGCGGCAAUUCUUCGCCCUGCCCAUCGAGGAAAAGAACAAAAUCAAACGCUACGACGCCGGCGGCCCCGAGGGCGGCGACUCAGCGCGCGGCUACCAGGGCCUGGGCGAGAACGUGACCGGCGGCCUGCAGGACAUGCAGGAAGCAAUCGACUUCUACCGGCCAUGGUCGGGCGUCGUCGAGCAGGGCGACGGCGGCCCGGGGACGAGGAAGACGCUCCAGGGCCCAAACUUGUGGCCCGAGAAGCCGGUCUCGCUGAGAGCAGAGUACGAAGCGUACAUUGCGCAGGUCACUACCGUCGGGCGCGCGCUGGUGCGCGCCAUGGGCGUUGCGCUGUCUCUCGGCGCGGCAGACCCGGACAACGCAGCGGACGGGAGCGCGGAGGAUGAGGACGUGUUUGCGCGCAAUUGUGACGAGAGUUUCUGGGUGAUGCGCAUGAUCAACUACCCGCCUCUGUCUGCAUCCGUCGUGCCCGCGGCAAACGGCACGCACCAAGACCCCGGCCAGUUCUCGUGCGGCGCGCACACAGACUACGGGUGCGUGACGCUCCUGCUUGCAGACCCGACGCCGGGCGCGCUGCAGGUACAGCUCAAAGACGGUACGUGGCUACCCGCAGACCCCAUCCGCGGCGCCUUCGUAGUCAAUAUCGGCGACAUGAUUGAGCGGUGGACGAACGGGAUGUGGAAGAGCACCAUGCACCGGGUCAUCCAUCGGGGCGACGGGGGAGUGAAUGGCGCACAGGGAGGGGGAAGGGUCAGUGUGCCGUUCUUCUUUGAGCCGAAUUUCGAUGCGCUGGUUAGGCCGCUGGGGAAGUGUGUGAGGGAGAGUGGGAGGGAGAGUGUGCAUGGGGGGAGUACGUAUGGGGAGCAUUUGCUGACGAAGGUUUUUAGCAAUUUUUAUUAUAGUAAGAGGACGGAUUGGUAGUAGAACGAAGACUGUCUGCGAGGGCUCCAGCUCUGAUGCGUACUUGGUCAAAAGUGAACUCUGAUGGUUGAGGUCCAGUAGGUCCUCAGGAAAAAGUU